CAUGGCGAAUUCGUACAAAAGUGUCGAAGGAACGAGAGUAGUUAGUGAUGGAAAUUACGGCACCAUAAAGUACUUUGGUGAAAUACCACCAUCCACAGGUUUAUGGUAUGGUAUUGAGUGGGACGUGGAUGGCAGGGGAAAGCAUAGUGGAGAGCAUGAAGGUGUAAAAUACUUUACAUGUAAACGUCCUGGCAAUGGCAGUUUUGUUCGUGCAAAGAAACUUGAUUUUGGAAUUAAUGUUGUUACAGCUUUAUUAAGUAAAUUCAGUGAGCUACACAGUACAGAAGAGUUCUCCGAAUUUGAUUGUGUGUAUCAUGUUAGUAAGAAUGAGAGCGGUGAUUUGGAAGAAAAGCUUAAGCGGCUAGAACGUGUAAGCUUGCGUGGUACAAAUGUUUCUCGUGGCCCUGAAGAUGGAAAAUCUCUUAGUUUAGUUGCACCUAAUAUUGUGGAACUAGAUUUAUCCAAUACACUUCUAUGUGAAUGGCAAGAAGUAGUCAGAAUUGUAACAGACCUACCCUGUCUUAUUCAGCUUGAUAUCAGUGGAUUGCAUCUAAAGCCUAGUAGUUUUGAUCUCUCGGAAAAAGAAAAGUCACCUAAGUUAGCUUUGAAAACAUUAGUUGUCAAUUAUAUGCAAUUGGAUUGGCAAGAUAUCCUAACAUUGACCACCACUUUUAGUGGCCUACAGGAGGUACAUGCUAGCUUCAACAAUAUAAACAGCCUGAGAUGUAAAUUAGACUUAUCCAGUUUAAGUUGCCUGUGCAAGCUCAAUUUGGAGGGGAACAAUUUGUCAAACUGGGAUGAGUUGUUUUUGUUAAAUGAAAUACCACAUCUAGAAGUGCUGGUCGUAAGUGACAAUCCACUUGGUGAUGUUUCAUUUCCUGGUGAUAUCAUGGAAAGUGCUGAUAUAUUCCCAUGGCUGAAGUCCCUGGCUUUGAUGAACACUAUGAUAUCAAGCUGGAGCAGCAUUAAUCAAUUAAACAGACUUCAAGUAUUGGGUGUGCUAACUUUAAAGUGUUGCCCUUUGGUGAGUGGUAUGAGUCAGUAUGAUGCAAGGCAAGAACUGAUUGCAAGGAUUGCCAAAUGUGGCACAUUAAAUGGGAGUGAUGUGACUGUCAAAGAAAGAUUAGCUGCUGAAAGAGCCUACAUCAAAAAGUACGGUCAAGAAUAUCUAGCAUCAGGUGGUAAUACCAACAUCUCACAAUCCAACAUGGAUUCAAGAUUCUUGAUAAAGCAUCCAAAGUAUAUGUCAUUACUUCAAUCUCAUGGUAUUCCAGAUGGUCUUGGUUCAUCUCCCAGCAAUGUGAAUACCCUAAAAAGCAGUCUAAUUGUUGUUACAAUUAAAUGUGUAACUGACAUAGACAGGCAGUCUGUUACUAAAAAGCUUCCAGGUUCAAUGACCAUUGCAAAGCUUAAGGGACUUUUGCAAAGAAUCUUCAAAGUCCCACCAUCAAGCCAAAUUUUAUCCUAUGUUGAUAAGAGUGAUCAUGAAAUUAAACUUGAUGAUGAUCUAAGGCCACUCUCAUUCUACUCUGUUGGUCCUGGAGACACCAUUUAUCUUAAGUGGUGAACAAUUUAUGUUAAAGUUAACAAUGGAAUCAUGUGGACAAAACUUGGUCAUUCUAUUCUGGCUUCCUUAGUCAGGGAAAAGAAACGGUUUUUCAUGUGCAUUUCAAAAUGCCAAUUUGUGCGAACAUUAAUGUUAACUGCAACGGAUACAACAAGCCGAUCAUAGGAACUUGGUCAUCACCCACUGGAAACUUAAAAAAUAUUUUUGCUUCUGCUUAUUUUUUUCAGAUAUAUAUUCAUCUAAUACAUUUGUAGAACUGCUAGUGUGCCAUAGUUGUAUAAAAUAAUUUCUCUAUGUUCAGCUAUUUUUUCUUUAAGCUUGCCUAAUUAAGGAAGUUGGAAGCAGGAUACUCGAUAGAUAGGACUUGUCGCUUCUUUGCCAAUUUUACUGUAUACUUCAGUAAUUCUCUUGUGAUGUAGCUUUUGAUUAUUUCUGGCAAAUAAAUAUGUUCUAUGACUAUAUGUCCCAGUAA